AUGUGGGUAUGCAAAGGGAGUGCUGAGACCCUGGCCCAGGUUGCCCAGAGAAGCUGUGGCUGCCGCAUCCCUGGAAGCCUCCAAGGCGACCUGUGCAACUGCAGCUCGGUGGGCAGCGCCGGAUGCAACCGCACGACGGGGCAGUGCCGCUGCCUGGCCGGCUACGCGGGGCCGCGCUGCCACAGCUGUGCCCGCGGCUUCUUCCCCGAGCAGGGUGGCCAGCAGUGCCAGCCCUGCAGCUGCAGCUCUGCAGGAGCCACCAGUGACCAGUGUGACCACUCUGGGAAGUGCCAGUGCAAAGUUGGUGUCACGGACCUGAAGUGUGACCGGUGCAGUGAGGGUUACUACAGGUUCAAUGAGACCACGUGUGAGCCCUGCCAGUGCAACAACCACUCCCAGACCUGCGACAACUCCACAGGCACCUGCCUGGACUGCCAGGAGAACACCGAGGGGAAGCACUGUGAGCUCUGCAAGGAGGGUUUCUAUCGCAGCACUCACCCUGCCCACGGCUGCCAGCACUGCCCCUGCUCCAUCGUGGCAUCCACGGGCACCUGCCACAUACAGCCUGGCGAGAGCGUCCCGAGGUGUGACAAGUGCAGACCAGGGUACACUGGCCUCAACUGCAACCAGUGUGACAAGGGCUACUACAACUCGGACAGCAUCUGCGUGAGGUGCAGGUGCAACGGCAACGUGGACCCGGCGCUGUCCCCCAGCGUGUGCCGGCCGGACAGCGGGGAGUGCAUCGGCUGUCUGUACCACACCACAGGCUUCCACUGUGAGCUGUGUCAGGAGGGCUACAGCAGGGACUCCGAGGGCACCAACUGCACCAGGAAAGAAACCACUCUUAGCCCAGAGCCAACAGAGUUUACAACUUCUGCUCCAAAUACCACCAAGGCCACAUCCUUUUCCACAGCAGUGCUAAACAGUACUUUGUCACCAACAACUCUACAGACAAUAUUUCCUAUAAGCUCCUCUGACAACAGCACCUCUGCUUUCGCAGACGUUUCGUGGACUCAGUUUAACAUCAUUAUUUUGACAGUGAUCAUCAUUGUUGUGGUUCUACUAAUGGGCUUUGUGGGUGCUGUCUACAUGUACCGUGAGUAUCAGAACAGAAAACUUAAUGCUCCCUUUUGGACCAUUGAACUCAAGGAGGACAACAUCAGUUUCAGCAGCUACCAUGACAGCAUUCCCAACGCUGACGUGUCGGGGCUGCUGGAAGAUGAUGGGAAUGAGGUGGCCCCGAAUGGACAGCUCACGCUGACGACUCCCAUGCAUAAUUAUAAAGCUUAGAAGUCAUCCAGCUAUUCCAAAGUUUGCUUCUCAAAAAGUUACAGGGCUGGUGGAAAGGGUGUCAGGAUCUGUGCCAAGGCCCCACGCAGAGGAAUUUGUGCUCAGAUACUCUCUGGUGCCAGGUGUGCUGUAGCUUGCAGGUGGACAGAGGACAGUGUAGUACAUCUGAAUUGCAGGUAGUGUGGUGAAAUGCAUUCAGUGUCCUGUUCUCCAUAAAGAUCCAUAGAAUUCACUGUUGUUCUAAACUGGAUUAUGCUGAAUUUAAACAUUUUUUUAUGAAGAGGUGGUGGGGUGGAGAGAGCAGAACCCGAUGAGGAGUCAGAAGCUACUUGGUUUCCAGCCAACCCAACACUUGUGUCUUCAUCCUUUAGUUUGAGAAGUAGCUCAUGAAUUAACAGUGGAAUUUCAGGAAACAGAUCUUUGGAAAGGCAUCAUCUUCGUUCCUGAUAGAAACUUGUUUGAAAAGGAGAACAAAAAAAAAAAAGGGAAGUAAUUGUUCACUGUACUACCAAAAGGCAAGUAGGAGGAGUGAGUUGUACACUUAAAAAAAUCACCAUUAUCUGUUCCCACUAAGCAAGGAAAUGGGAAAAAAAUCUUAAGAACAUUUGAGUUAGGGAAGAGACUAAGCUUUUCCCUUUCUGAGUAUUUAUACAGGGUGAUGAUGCUAUUAAGACAUAGCAAUCCAUUUUUUUCUAGAAGGAGUUAAUGAACUUGUAUAGUUUCUGUGCAAGGGAAGACGACAAGACAUCUCAGGGUUGCCAUGUAAAAAUAAAAGCCAGGCUUAAUACCCUACCCUGAUAGAAAUGGUGUGUUCUGUAUAUAAAAUGUAAUAUAUCUUCUUGGAAUUGUAUUUGUAAUUAUUUGUAAAAAGGACAAGCAACCAACUGACCAACCAAAAAAUCCCCAACCACAAAACCACCAGCCCCUCCCCAACCUCCCCCACUCCCCAGGUCAUGUUUUAUCCUCUAGGUUUUAAUUGUACAGCGGUUAGUGACGUUGUUUAAAAAAGAAAAAAACAUGAGGAUUGUUUAAAAUACUGUAAAUGAGAUGGCAAUAUUGUUGGAGCUGGGCCUCUGGCAAACAUCAACUGCUUAAAGCUUUUCUUCCACUGUCAUUGAAUAACUUCUUUUUUAGAGAAAAUGUGAGUGCUCCCUACUUGUAUCUGUCAAAUUUUGCCAUUCCUUCAAACACAGAGUGAAUACCAGUGUUGCCAUGACUAGGGCUGAGUAGGUGUCCAGAAAUUGGAUGCACCAAUGGAUUCCUUGCUUUUAAGUCUCUAGACAAAAUGCAAAUACACUGUCACAAACACGCUGAGAGCCUGGGCUCAAUGGCUGAGGUUCUCCCAGGUGGGUGCUCAAGGUGUGGAGGGAUCCCACUGCCAUCUCUGCUGAGCUGGAGGGCUGAGCUCAGCCCCCUGGCCUCCUGAGGGACAAGAGCAAAGGUCUCCUGGAUUUGGGUGGAAACAGCUUUGGGAUGAAGAGCUCACGGGACCUGAUCUGUGCUUCGAGGCUCAGAAGGUAAAAGUGCACAGAUGCUUUCAGAAUUUAAAGUAGCACAAGGUGGUGGUGGGGAAUCAUCUGUCCAAAAAGCACUACAGGGAGCAGGUUUUACAGAUUCCCCUGGUUUUGAUGGGAGGCUGAUGGGCUGUUAGCAAAGAGAACAACUAACAGGCAGCACUGCACAGGGAGGUGACACCACGGAGCUCCUGAGCAGGGGCUGUGCUCCCUGUGCCACCUGUCCCACCCUGGAAAUCAAACUACUGCAUGGAAACAGGGCAAGAAACAAAUAUUUCCCCUCACUCUUGCCCAGCCUCAGAGGUGCAGCUGUGUUGCUGUGUGUGGUGGGGCAAUGGUGAUCCAGGAGCUGGUGGAAGCAUCUUCUGAGCCAGGAAAAAGUGAAUAUUUCUUCAGAUGAGAAAUGGUAGAGAGAACAUGUUGGUUAUUUAUUUGUUUUUUGAUGCUGUGAGGAGGUUUCUUGUAUCUUUGGAAACUUGGGAGGGGGAGAAGUAGGUGAUUCAAACACAUGCUCAAAGAUGCCAUUUCUGCCUCAAAAACUUGCUACCUGAUUUAAAGAUGAGGCAUGGCAAGUCAGAAGGAAAAUCAUUGAGGAUGACCAAGGGGAAAUGGUGAGGGCAGAAUUGGAAUUACAUAUAGGCCCAAGCUGAUGGAAAAAAGCUGAUGGGAAAACUCCUGUUGCCUGUGGUGGGCCUGGGUGAGGCCCCAUAAUUCAGGUAAUAAAUCUGGCUCAUGUCAGUCAGAGCAAUGUUACUUUUAGUUAUAAAUCGGGGGAGGACUGGAAGAGAAAAUCUGGAUAUUGCUAAUCUUUGAGUUACUCAUCAAACUUUCAAAGAGCAGAGUGGUGACAAAACAGAAAAUUUCCUGGAAGUUGUAAUUGUUUAGAGGUGCUGAUCUAGUGAUCCACUUGCACUUGGUCACUUCAUGGGGUGGGGAGGGGUAAUUUAGGAAGUUUUGGCUUCUGGGACUGAUGCUAGUGAGCAAAUCAAAGGACAGGUUGUUCACUUUAAUGUUUCUAAAAUACUUUAGCAGAUUUUUUCAUCUCUGCCACAAAACACCUCUUCCUUAAAUUUUGCUGUGACUGUGGGCUGCUUUGUAACAGGAACAGGCUUGGAUUUUGUCUCACUGUAGAAAUGGGGACCAUCUGCUCAAGCAGAGCGUGGGCUCGGGUGCUGAGCCAUCCUAGUCCCUGCCUGCCACAGCACAGGAGGUGUUGGCACCUGGGCUGCUUCUGACCCCCAAAGAAAUCCAAAGGCUUGGUGUUUGGGAAGAGGAGGAGUCAGGGUGCCCUGCAGGGUGGGACAGCUGCUGUCUGUGGAUUGCACAGCUGGAUAAAGGGAUGGAGACAGCCUGGAAAAUGUGAUGGGAAGCUUGGUUGGGUAGAUUUGGAUGGCACAGGAUGUUCCUGAACAGGGAGCACAGUGAGGAUGUGGCACUGGCACCGUGCUUGUCAAAUGGCAGAAUGACUCAGCAGGGACACAGCAGCCACCUCCUGCCAGCCAGGCCUUGGCACACAGGAGCACCAGUAAUAAAAGGAGAUCGAUGCCUCAGCAGGGAAAGAAUAAACAGCUUCAUGUUUGACUUUGGUGAUGUGAGAUCAGAUCAUCCGUGCUCUUAUCAGUUUCUCUGGCACCACAGGAGGGAGGAAGAAGCUGAGCUCAUUCUGUCUCCAGUCACCUUGGGUUGGAUUGGAUGUAGAGGGGUAGCAGAGCUCAAACACUUGUGCCAGGGUUCUGAGGCCACCAGCACCAAUGUGUCAUCGCUCGUCAUGAGGCUUCCCAGGUGCUGAGGUUGGGGUAAGGGCAGGUAAAUCAGAAGUGGACUCUCAGGGCUGCUUUGAGGCCCAGCUGAGCAGCCAGCCAGGCCAGGAUAGGACAUCUUGGUGACUUGUGGGGCUGGGGUGGCAAUCCAGGUGUUCCUGAUGCAGGAAUGCUGCCCAGCUGCUGCCGUGGGGCUGUCACAGGGCACUCGUGGGACAGCAGCUGCACAGCAGAGAGGAGGUGUGACAGGGCAGGGGGGCUGGUGCAUGUGGGAAAGCAGCUCCAGGCACAAUCCUUGGCACUGUGAGGGCUCAGCUGGCAGUAAAGGCAGGGACAGAAUGAGCAGGUGAAGGGCACAGAGCUGGGCUGGGGCAGCCUGCAGGGCUCUCAGCCUGGGGGAGCGUUUGGUGAGCACCGACGUGCAGAAAAGUGGUGGGGCUAAUGAGGAGAGAUGAUCCCGAAUCUCGUGGACCAAUGUAGCUGGAAAUAGCUACGAGGAGCACUAGCCCUGGGGAGCUGUCAGGAGAUGUCAGCCACUGGAAUGAUAAUUCCCUUGGACUGGGCUGAGCAAACUUAGCAAGCAUUUAGGAGAGAGGAGGGGAUAUAUCCAGCAUCCUUCAGGUAUCGUGGGCCAGUUAACCACUGCUGUGCAGCAUCAUCCUCUUCAAUGUUACAGGCAAUGUAAAUGUGCAGAAAGUUUGCACAGUCUCCUUUAAAUAAAGGAUAUAAAAAUAGUUUUUAAAGUGAAGUUUUAGAGUGAGCUCCCACAGGACUCUGCUCUGUAUGUGUCAGAGGAAUGGAUUAAAAUAAGAAAAAUGUGGGCCUUAAAAGUUGUACUUGCUCCCAUCUGAAACCCAUCAGUCUCACUCUACAUCCAAAUACGGCGUCUCCCAAGCAUAUGCUAUGCUUACAAAUGCAUUUCUAAAAAGAAAAAAAAAGUGUAUGAUUUGAAUAUAUGUCAGAAUUUAUACAGAAGAAUGUUAUUUAAAAUGAAUAAAAAUAAAUGUAUAUAAUUUGUAUCUAUGCCACUUGGA